AUGGACUUUAAUCAGUUUCUGAGCUACCAACAAAGAAAUGAGAGCGAUAGUGACAAUUUGAGACCAAAAGAUAACAAAGAAACACAAAAGAGAGGCUCAUUCCCAAAUCCAGAGUUUGGCGGCAAAAAUACGCGUUUGAGCCUGGACGUAGGCUUCGCAAAUUUACCAGGAACGUCUCAAAGUCAGGCCAAUGAGGCAGAAAGCUUUUUCUUGUCGCCAAUGAGCGACGAAGCACCUGAGGGUUUCCCCAUAGGGUCUAAUUUGGCAACUCCAACAAUAACAAUAGAACAGAGCCCAGAAGACUCAGCUAACUUCGAGGCACAGCAACAAUCGCUCUUGACUAGCAAAUAUGGCAGUGUUGGAGUUGAGAUACACCCUGUUCCUUUUUUGGCCUCACAACAAGGCGAGCACCAACUUGACCGACCAGCAGUAUCGUCGCCGACGAGUUUUAAUAACUCUCUUUCGAUGCUCUCUCCAAAUCCGCAUGAGGAUUCUUUGUCAACGCGAUCUGCAUCAAUUCAUUCAAUGCAAUCUGCUGUCUCGUAUAAUGGCUAUUUAUCUGGUGGAUGGCAGCAGCACGAUGUGGCGCACUCACCAGCUGCCUCCAGGCUUACUACAGGUGACGAUGAGCUCGACGAAAUUCUGAGCAUAAAUUCUGGCAACGACCCAUUCUAUGACGUGGAGUAUGAACCCCUUGCACAAAGUUUGCCAGCGCAAAACACGGACAACUUUCUCAGUCCAACCGAUAAUCUUCUCGACGACUUCACUAAUACUUUUGCUCCAAAAGAAGUUGAUCUUCGAAACCCUAGUGUCGUGAAUACCAACUUUCUGACGCCACAAAUAUCUAUCGAAGAGUUCAAGGCUCUUUCACCCGCAGAUGUAGGAGGAAAUCAUAUACUGAGCAAUGUGUCAUCCCCCAUGUCUUUCCACACAGCGCGACAGAAUACGGACUUUCUUUCCGUGAACCCAGACGAUGCCGCAUGCACAAGUGAGGAUGAAACUGCACACGACUUGAUGCGUCAGGGUCGUAAAGCUAGACGCAAAUCAAAUCAACAGUCGCGGCGUUCGAGCUCUUCCAGAAGAAGUCUGUCCGUGGAUGAAAAGGCGCGCUCCUUAAGCGAGGACCGCGAAAAGCUAUUGGAGCUGGCUGCUCUUAAACCCUCGAAAUCCUACAACGAUCAUACGGACGACCCUGUGGACUACGAAUCUACUGAUAAUGAAAGCGCUGUGACUGCUGACCCGAAUGAUACGACGUGGUCGAAGGGCGCCCAAAAAAAUCCAGCAGUGUACUGUUGCCAUGUUUGUGACAAAAAGUUCACGAGACCUUACAAUCUCAAAUCACAUCUGCGAACUCAUACAGAUGAGAGGCCAUUCAUCUGCGGUAUAUGUGGGAAAGCCUUCGCACGGCAGCACGAUCGUAAGCGCCACGAGGAUCUACAUACCGGAAAAAAACGAUAUGUAUGUCUGGGCAAGCUCAAGGACAGCACGCAAUGGGGUUGCGGAAAGAAGUUUGCUAGAAGUGAUGCACUGGGUCGACAUUUCAAGACUGAAGGUGGAAAACGCUGCAUUGCUCCAUUAUACGAGGAGAUAUCUCGAGAAAGGGCUGCAGGACGAAAGUUGGAACUGGAUUUACCCAUUGACAUAUGA